AUGAGAUUUGUUAUUACCAUAAGGUUCACAAAUCCUCAAGAUAUACGGAGCCAAAUAAAAGACUUGGACGUGGUCUCUUCCAACGAAAUAGAUGAGUCCACUUUCAACACUUCCUGGCUAAGGAAUGCUAUACGGAGUAAAGUUCCUGAAUGCUCCACAAGACGACUUCGGUUAAUUUACGGUGGUAAGGUACUAAACGAGAAUUCUAACCUUAAGAGCGAAUUGAUAGUGCCAUUUGUAAGACAACAGCAGCUUCAACAACAGCAACAACUGCAAGCUGAGAUUGCUAAUGCUCCCCCUAGUAAACUCUUCAUACACUGUCUUAUUGGAGACACCCUUACACCCAGCCAAUUGUCGGAGGAAAGUCGACUUGACACUACGGUUCAGAGGACCACUGCCCCGGAGGUUGUUGGAUUUGACAGACUUUUAUUACAAGGGUUUACUCAAGACGAUGUCAGGGAUUUAAGAAGACAAUUUCAGACAAUAUAUACUCCUGAGGAGCUUCAAUCUGGCUCUUCUGGAGUGGACAUUCAGGAUUUGGAAGAAGAAGAGAGAAGACAAGCGCAUAUAAGACAGUUGGAGGAAAGAUGGAUUGAAUCCACUGUGACCCCCGCAUCAGUAGAUCAAGGUGCGACUGGCAUUGGUAGUAGAGCUGGUGGUGGACCUGUUAGACCAUUGAACUCCGGUGGGACUGACAAUCAAUCCAUAGCGGGUGUAGGAGGAUCCGCUGGAGAAGGAGGUGUCGCUGGAAAUGGGACUGAUGCAGCAGCACUUGAGCUUGAAGAAAAUAGUGGUAAUGAAGACUUAUUGCUUGGGUUAUUAGUUGGAGUUUUCCUUGGAGUGCUCAGCUUAAUAUUCUUAGCAGUGGACGACACAGUCUUCAACAAAAGGCAGAAGAUGUCGAUAAUUGCUGGAAUCUUUAUAAACUGCUCGUUUGCAAUCGUGAGAGGUCAGUGGGUUUAA